GCUUCGACACCUUUGUUCGCUUUGCUUUCGCCCACCACCAUGUCCCCCCUCACCCCCCUCGCGCGCGCACUCACGACCUCGGCGUCCUCAAGCGGCAAGCACAAGGUGCUUGUCAUCGGGGGCGGGACGGGCGGCCUGGCCGCCGCGAACCAAGUGUACAACCUGUUCAAGGCGCGCAACCAGACGCUUGCGGACGGCGACGUCGCGAUCGUCGACGCGAACCCCCACCACGACUACCAGCCGGGAUGGACGCUGGUCGGCGGCGGGCUGGGAAACAAAGACGCGUUCCGGCGCCCACUGGACUCGCUCAUCCCGCGACACUUUGCGCACAUCAAGCGCAAUGCGGCCGCCUUUGAGCCGGGCACGAACACGGUCGUGCUCGACGACGGCGCCAAGGUCGCGUACGACUUCCUCGUCGUUGCCCCCGGCAUCCAGAUCAACUGGGGGAACGUCAAGGGCCUGCCCGAGGCGCUGGCGGACCCCGGCUCCAACGUAGCGUCUAUCUACUCGUUCGAGACGGUGGACAAGACGUGGCGCCUCAUCAAGGACUUUAGCGGCCCCGAAGCCGUGUUCACCCAGCCCUUUGGGCCCGUCAAGUGCGCUGGUGCGCCGCAGAAGAUCGCAUACCUCGCCGACUGGUAUUGGAAGGACCAAGGCCGCAGCGUCCACUCGACGUUCGUGACGGGCAUGCCCACGAUGUUCUCGCAGCCGAUGUAUGCGCGCAAGCUCAACGCCAUCCGCGAGGAGAAGGGUAUCGCGGGCCACUUCAACACCAACCUCUCCGAAGUCCGCGUGGCCGACAAGACGGCCGUCUUCGACGUCCUCGACGGCCCGGAGAAAGGCGCCAAGCUCGAGCUCCCCUUCGGCCUCCUCCACGUCGUGCCGCCCAUGGGCCCGCCAGACGUCAUCAAGAAGAGCCCGCUCGCCGACAGCGUCGGCUGGACAGACGUCGACGACGGCUCGCUCCAGCACCGCAAGUUCCCCAACGUUUUCGGCCUCGGCGACGCCUCGUCCCUCCCCACGUCGAAGACCGCCGCCGCUAUCACCGGCCAGGCGCCUGUUCUCGCCCACAACCUUGUCGCACUCAUGGAGCGCGGCGAGGUCGGCAGCGCACGCUACGACGGAUACACGUCGUGCCCCCUCUUCACUGGCCGCGGCUCGCUCCUGCUCGCCGAGUUCAAGUACAACACCGAGCUCGCCGAGACUUUCUCGGCCUUGACCAACCAGAGCGUCCCCAACCGCUUCUUCUACCACCUCACAAAGGACGUCUUCCCCCGUGUCUACUUCUCCGACCUCGUCAAGGGCACCUGGUUCGGCCGCCGCGCCUUCUUCCCGCCUCAGUAUGAGCUUUAACUCGCCUGUACAAUGGCGACGACGACGCGACGACGACGCGACGAUGACGUCGAUGACGGACAACGAUGAUGGCGACGAACUUUUGUGUGUCUUUAGAACUGCAUGUAUAGAUGGGCCCGAUUUGAUGGAUGCUUGGG